AUGUUUGUCGUUACAAUCCAAAAUAGUUUCGAAGAUGUCAUAAAUGAUGUUGAAACUGGAAAUAUCGCUAGCGAAUCAUUCUGGGUGGCUCGGCGUGACGCUACAAUCGAUGAACUGCAACAAUAUUUCUCUGUAGAAGUCUCUCUUGAUGGAAACAAGUCUCUUAAAUUCAAUGGCAAGGCAGAGAAUCCUCUGCAGACAUUUGAUUUCAAACCUCUAUCGGAAUCUCUCUAUAGUGUAACGAUCACAGAGAAGAAUCAGUCCUCAACAUACACAUUGAAACGACCUACUCUGAAGUACCCUGUAUCUGAGUAUGGUUUGAUCACACUGGCUGUUGGGCUUGAGUCAGGACUCGAAAUAAUUUUGGGUACCCUAAAUGGAAAUAUAUCUUUCUACGAUACAUCUGAAAAGAAAGCUCUGACCACCCUUGCUGAAGCACACUACUCUACAGUGACCCAUUUGGGACUCUUUCCUUCUGAGAAAGUAUUGCUCAGUGUUGGAGACGAUCUAUGCAUCCACCUUUGGGAUCUUGUCAACAUCAAUUCUCUGACCAAACCAACUCGAACUUUCAUGAAGCAUAAGAAGACAAUAACAGAUGCCGCACUCAUAGGCCGUGGACGUAAUUUCGUUACUUCGUCGGAAGACGGCUCUGUGAUUGUUUGGGAAUGCUCCACAGGAAAUGCUGUUUCGAUAUUUCGGCGUAUCACUGAUCACUCUGAUAUCGUGAAGUGUGUUGCAAUUGCCACUAGUUCUAGUGAGCCUCUCGAGAAUCAAUUCAGACCAGAGCUACUUUUUGAUUGUAAGCAGCAGGUUGUCUUUGCCGGCUAUGAACUGGGUUUGGUACAGCAGUAUAGUAUAGCCCAGAACUGUGCCACUGAGGUGAAGCACAAGCGUGAUUACAGUGUGAGCAGCAUUUGUGCUAUUGGAGAUUUUUUGAUUACUGGAUAUGAAGAUGGAAUUGUUCAAGUGUGGGAUUGGGUCAAGAAUACAGUCCAUCUGCUCUCUCUUUGCGAAAAUCAUCCUGUUACACAUCUCAGGGGAGCAAUAGAAAGCAGCGAACUACUCCAAUUCGAAUUGAGUAAUGGACCAGAGGUUCUUCUCUCUGUUGUAUUUAAUAAGAAUUCAGGUCAGGUCGAGACCACGUAUCUUGUUGGCUUCAUGGAAAUGUUCCAGGUACUGCUGGUGGCAGCUAAUUGCAUUUCUACUGAGGAAGAAGUCGCGGUGUUUUAG